AUGGGAAACCACUUACCGUUUGGGGGGAAAAUUAUUGUGUUUGGUGGUGAUUUCAGACAAGUGUUACCAGUGGUUCGAAACGGAACAAGGGCUCUGAUGAUAGAUGCAUCCUUUGUCAAGUCCCCUAUUUGGAGACACGUCAAUAUUUUGCAUUUGAGGGAAAAUAUGAGAUCAAGAGAUGACAGCGCAUUUGCUACUCGAUUGCUCUCAAUUGGCAACGGAGAUGAACCUACCGUGUCAGAUCAAAUGAUAAAAUUGCCAAACCAUAUGGUCAUACCAUCAAUUGAUGAUGUCUCGAUUGAAAUGUUGAUUGACAGAUAUGAGAAAUUUGUACCAGCAAGAGUUUUUGAAUUCAAUUCAGCUUCGGGAUUGCCUCCUCAUGCUCUCACUCUGAAACCUGGGGUACCUUUAACGCUUGUAAGAAACAUCGAUCCUAAGAAUGGCCUUUGUAAUGGAACACGGUUGCUUUGUCGUUCACUCAACAACCAUUUUAUAGAUGCUGAGAUUUUAACAGGGCAUUCUAGGGAAAAUAGAGUUUUCCUGCCCAGAAUUCCGUUGAAGAGUGCUGAAGAUAUAAAGUUGCCAUUUGAGCUGGUUCGAAAGCAAUUUCCAGUAAAGGAUGGAGUUCGAUUAUCCACCAUUUAUGCAUUUAUAUCCUUGUGGGGUUCGACGAUAUAA